AUGAAGUCUGCGAAAUCUAAACAGAGACUUAACGAUAUUAGAACACCGGCUAGAAGUAAACAGAACUUAUGUCAAGGGGAAAGAGAUCCCGUUCAAGUGUACUGCCGUUUGCGUCCAAUGCAAAGAGAAACUGAUGUGUCGUGUAUCAAAAUAUUAUCACCAACCACAGUGCUGAUGACACCACCAGCUACAGCUAUAAGUUAUAGAAAUGAAGGUGCUAAAACUAUGACAUACACGUUCAAAGAAGUUUUCCCGCCAGAGGCUACUCAACAAGACGUGUUCGAUAAGCUAGCAUUCCCAUUAGUUGAGGGUUUAAUUAAGGGUAAAAAUGGUCUAUUAUUCACGUACGGUGUAACAGGCAGCGGAAAAACAUUCACUAUGACGGGGGAACCGAACAAUUGCGGUAUUUUACCGAGGUGUCUUAACAUUAUAUUCAAAACCAUCAACGAUCUGCAAGCCCACAAGUAUAUAUUCAAACCUGAUAAAAUGAACAUGUUCGAUAUACAAUCGGAAGCGGAAGCCAUGUUAGAGCGGCAACAGGAGUUACACAAAUUUAAAAGUAAUAGAAAGAACAAUUCAAAUCCAGAUUUGGCCAUGUCGGAUAGUGAUGUUACCAAAAUAUCCGGAGUCAAUGAAGAUAAUCAGUACGCCGUGUUCGUGACAUACGUAGAGAUAUACAAUAAUAGUGUAUUCGAUUUACUAGAAGAUAGCCCUAAUAUAAAUAAGAAUUUACCCGUCAAAAUUAUAAGAGAAGACGCUGCUCACAACAUGUAUGUUCAUGGUGUCACAGAAAUAGAGAUAAAAUCAGCGGAGGAUGCAUUCGAUGCUUUCUAUCUCGGCUUGAAGAGGAAACGAAUGGCUCACACCACUCUCAACGCAGAAUCUAGUAGAAGCCAUUCUGUUUUCACCAUAAGACUAGUGCAGGCGCCUGUGGAUGAAAUGGGUGAAGCUGUGAUACAAAACAAGAAGUUCCUAUCAAUUAGCCAACUAAGUCUUGUCGAUUUAGCUGGCAGCGAGAGAACAAAUCGUACAAAAAACACCGGCCAAAGAUUAAGAGAGGCCGGCAAUAUUAAUAAAUCACUCAUGACGUUGAGAACUUGUUUGGAAGCGUUACGAGAGAAUCAAAUAAGCAAUGCAAAUAAUAUGGUCCCGUAUAGAGAAUCUAAGAUAACACAUUUAUUUAAGAAUUUCUUUGAAGGUGAAGGUCAAGUUAGAAUGGUUGUAUGCGCUAAUCCGAGGGCUGAGGAUUACGAUGAGACACUACAAGUUAUGAGAUUUGCUGAAGUUGCUGCCGAAGUUGAGGUGGCUAAACCUCAAGUUACCGAUGUUGGAGCCACAAUAGGCUUAAUGUCCGGCCGUCGUAAAGCAAACAAACUUUUCAAUGCAGCUAGAGAUAAUAUAUUAAGACCGGAAGCUAAAGAUCUUGAAUUGGAUCUAGGUCUUGUGUAUAGCUUAGGUCCAGACUUCCCGAGUCUAGAAUUAACUAGUUCACAAGCUAAUCAUAUAAUCAAAGAAUUGAUGGCACAUUUAGAAAUGAGGAUCAGUCGUAGAGAAACUUUGAAACGUAGCAAGGCUAUUAAGGAUGAAAAGCUAAGAUCGGCCAUGUUAGAUCUGGAAAAGGAAUCUAUGGAGGUCAGAAGUGAGAACUCUUCAUUGAAAAGUCAACUGGUAGCGGCUGAACGAAGAAUACGAGCUCUUGAGGAACGUCUCACAGCUACAGAAAAUGCAUCACUCACACACCAACGUAAACUCAACGAGAUCACAGAAUACACUUCGUCAUUAAAACGAGAAUUACAAGAGAAGGAACUGCUCCUCAACCAAAAUAAACUAGAAAAAGAGAAACAGAAGAAGAAUCUAGAAAGAAAAUAUCAUCACAAGAUAGCGGCUGAACAUGAAAAGGCUAAAGAAAUACACAGCGAAAAAGAAAGAUUACGUAAUGUAAUCGAAGAGAAAGAAAAUAGGCUGAGAAUAAUAGCACAUGCUUUGAACGGCGAGAGAGGAGAUAAUGAUAUAAAAAACACAGGCGAAGCCGCAGCACAAACUAGUGUUAGAGAUUUCACUCCUGGAUCUACCCCAAGAGCAUUGCCGGCACAUUUGCUAACUCCGUUCAGUUCUGUCCCUCAUACAAGAGAAACCAGAGAUACUCCGGCCUCCUCACGCCGUGGAGUCGCAAUAGCAAACCCUAGACACAAACGAUCGCUCUCCGCCGAUGGCAAAGGCUGGGUAGAACACGCUCCAAACCAAAUAGUACCUAUGGGAACGGUACUCAAACCUAAUAUUACCAACAGCAAGUUCGUCAACAAAUUAACCAACGUCAAAGAUAUAGCUAACUCCAAAUCAUCCAAGUAUUGUCUAAUAGCCCAAGAACAGGAUACAGACGGUGAGUUAGAAACAAAAUUAUAUAAAGGCAAUAUAGUUCCCACUUGUGGUGGAGGAGCUCAAGUUAUUUUCAACGAUGUGGAAAUGCUCAAGCAAUUUUCACCGACACGAGACAGAGAAUCUUCUAGAAGGACAUCUGGUAAUACAUGUGCUCGUCAUUCAGGCAAGAGACGAGAUACAGGAUGCUCUCCACCUCAAACACCUUCGAAUACCAGCAAAAAACAGAGAGUAGAUGACGAUUAA